AUGCGGGGAGCUUUGAGAAGAAUUUUGAAAAGUCGUCUGGAUGAUGAAGAUGAUAUUGAGACGAAUGUUGUAGCAGUGGCUACACUUUUGGAGACGCAGAGGAGGCACGAAAUACGUCAACCCGUCCCGAAUGAAGUCAAGACACGUCAGAGGGUGCACAGAAAACGUGUAGAUGCGGAUGCUCGUAUGAUGCAUCAGUACUUCAAAUUCAAUUGUACGUAUGGGCCAAAGAAGUUCAAAGGUCGGUUUGCUUUGCCUCGUCCACUUUUUCUGAGAAUUUUAGAGCAAGUUUGUGAAUUUGACCAUGAUUUAAACCAACAAACGGAUGUUUGCAGUAUUCCUGGUCAUUCUCCAUAUAUGAAAAUGGUUGCCGUCAUGAAACAUUUUGCCAAAGGCAUUGCACCGGAUUCCUUAGAUGAUUACACACAAAUGGGAGCCACCACUAUUUACCAUUAUGCUAUGAAGUUUAUGGAUGCAAUUAUUUGGAUUUAUAAUGGUCGAUACAUGCGUCAACCUACCGCUCAAGAUACGGAAAGGAUUUUAGCAGAAAAUGAAUCUCGGGGAUUUCCUGGUAUGCUUGGUAGUGUCGAUUGUUUUCACUGGGCAUGGAGAGCUGAUGAGUACCAAAUAUUACAACUUCUUGGUGUAGCACCUCCUUGUCAUUAUCAAAUCAAUGGAAAGAAUUACGACCAGGGGUACUACCUAGGAGAUGGUGCAUAUCCCAUGUAUGGUUGCAUCGUGCAAGGAUACAAACCCGCCUCAAACAUUAGAGAAGGUCUUUUCAAUCAAUAUCAAGAAGCUAAAAGAAAGGACAUAAAACGUGCAUUUGGUGGUUUAAAAGGUAAGUUUGGCAUUAUAUUGAAACCUUGUCGUUAUUAUAAAAAAUCUGACACGAAGGCAAUUAUGAGGGGGUGCUUGAUAAUGCACAACAUGUGUGUUGAGGUGGAAUAUCGCAAUGCGGAUUGGGUGAGGAUCAUGGGAGAUGAACCUCAACCGCCAAUUCAAGGAAACGUAAGGCUACCUCCUCAUAUAUUGUACAACUCUGCGAUUUGGGCACAACUUCGCUUGGAACUCACUACACACAUAUGGAACCGACACGGAGAAUGUCUGAGAGAUGGUGAUAUUCCAAACAUGCAUAUUGAUGAUGCCUUGCCGGAAGUUCAUGAGAGUAUAACCGACGUGGACACCGAUGAAGAUCAAUAUGACCCUCAAGGAGAUGGUGCAUUUUAUGAGAAUGGAGAGUAA